AGUUUAAGAGCUUCAUGAACAGAAUCUAGAAAGUUGAGUGUCAAUGGCGUCUCGGUCACUAUUGCUCUCUCUCAGACGGAGCAGCGGCGUAAGCAGUGUUAGCGUUGGUGUUGGUGUUGGUUUUGGAAGAUUUCUGUCGUCGGGAGGAGCAGGUGCUGUGAAUACUGAGUUUGUCCAAGAUUCUGAGGGAAGUGACGACCUCAAGAGCAGAGUGUUGAGGCUCAGGCAGCCCAAGCGAAGCGCCACCAACGUCCUUCAGAGAUGGGUCUCCGAAGGCAACCAAAUUUCCAUCUCGGACCUCCGCCAGAUCUCUAAAGACCUCAGCAAGUCUCACCGUUACAAGCACGCCCUCGAGAUAUCCGAGUGGAUGGUCAGCCAUAAUGAAUUUGAGUUAUCGGAUUCUGACUAUGCAGUCCGCAUUGUCUUGAUGACCAAAAUUUUUGGCAUCGAUGCAGCAGAGCGCUACUUUGAAGGUCUACCUCUUACUGCAAAAACAAAUGAGACAUAUACUGCUCUCCUCCACUCUUAUGCUGGGGCAAAAUUGACGGAAAGGGCUGAGAACCUCUAUGAGAGAAUAAAAGGAUCUAACCUGUCCCUGAGUGCCCUUACAUACAAUGAGAUGAUGACUAUGUACAUGUCAGUGGGGCAAGUUGAGAAGGUCUCUUUAGUUGUGGAAGAUCUGAAACAGCACAAGGUUGAACCGGAUAUCUUCACAUACAAUCUUUGGAUUAGUUCAUGUGCUGCAACUCUAAAGAUUGAUCAGCUUCGACAGAUUUUAGUUGAAAUGAGACAUGAUCCUGGUUUUGGUGAAGGCUGGGAGAGAUAUAUUAACCUCACAAAUAUAUAUGUUAGUGUUGGGCAUCUUGUGAAUGCAGAGUCCGACACUCUAGUAGUUGAAGCUGAGAAACGAAUCACACAAAGAGAAUGGAUUACGUAUGACUUUCUCAUUAUUCUGCAUGCUAGUUUAGGAAAUAAGGAAAGGAUUGAUCAGAUAUGGAAAUCCUUGAUAAUGACUGGACAAAAGAUGACAAGUAGCAACUAUAUUUGCAUUCUUUCUUCAUAUCUAAUGCUUGGGCAAUUAAAAGAAGUCGGAGAAGUUAUUGAUCGGUGGAAGCAAUCAACUACUACAGAUUUUUCUGUUACUGCCUGCAGUAGGGUUUUGCACGCUUUCACAGACAUUGGGUUGACUGAAAAGGCCCACAACUUCAAGGUGAUUCUGAUUCAGAAGAAUUGUGAUACUUCAAAUUCGUUAGAGUAGAACUGAAAAUCAGUUUUGGUGGAGGUAAUGGAACAUAUAUGUGACAAUUUUAUGAUGUCUGGAUUGUUUUGAAGAGGGAAUAAUUAAGAAUUCUUACAGGCGUUCCAUAUAUCAAAUGACUGAAUAAUAUGCCAGCAUUCAGUGGGUUAAUAUUUCUGCUGUGUUGUUUCGAUGUUUAAGUCUCAAGUACUGUCUUAUGGAAAAUUAAAGUCUGUUUAUCCUUCCCGUCAUUAGUUCCAUUGCAAGUGCAGUGUACUUCGAGCUCGUCAUACAUCAUUGCAAGUCAGGUAAGAUCGAUCUGUUAACUAUUAUCCAUAUGAUGAUUUUAAUACUCAUAUAUACCUUAGAGAUGGAAGCAUUCUGUUAUAGAUUCUGGCAAUUACCUGGACCACGAAGUUACAUAUGCCCGAUGUUUAUAGAACAUGUAAUAACAGCGGUUGAAAAUUGUUUUUCAUAGUAGUUACGAGUGAAUUGAUUGGAAAAGUUAUCCUACAAAAGGAAGUUAGUAGCACUUGAAGCAUUCUAGAGUCAUGUUUCGUCAACUUCAUGAUACUACGAUUGUUGAAAUUCUGUUCCCCCGUUUGUAUUUUUACUUUUUAAUUCAUUCCAUGAUGGCAUAGGAAGUAGAAGACUUUGCAUCUAAUACUUUUGGAACUUACGAAAAUAGUUUUUGGUACGCAUCAACAUAUAAUUUGUAGGUAACUCAAGGAUAAAAAAUGAUGAAUGUGCUGUAAGUAACUUGUCGUGCUUAAGAUUUUGUACUCGUUACUUCUUAUAACUACUUCUCUUACUUCAGCCUUGUAAACUACUCUUUACUUCUUUGAGUUAGUAUCUGACUUAUGCGUUGGAGGAUGUAUAUACCAUAUCUGGUGUUACUUUGUUUACUUAUGCAUGACCCGUCACUACAAGAAAAGCACCCUUUAACAUCGCGAGAUGGGUGUUGUCGAAACAUGUAGUAGGAAAUAGUUUUCAACAACACGAGCAAGAUGUCGUUACAAAAGUGACAACAUGGAGUCGAAGUAAAAAGAGACUGCAUGCUGUGUAUGUUGUAAAACUGAGAAAAUUUGAAGCAUGUGUGAUCGCAUCGUUUGUAAGUUGUAACCAUAUUCGUUUGGCAGCUGAUGUUUACUUUGACAACAUCUUUUGUAUGUCACUCUACACCCGGGAACUCAAUACUCGUUCAACUUUGGUGAGAUUUAUGUCUAUUCUGUCAGAGGUGUUAAGUUGCCUCACA